UAACCAUUUAAUAUUAUAAUGUAAUUAAUAUAAUUUUAUUUAUUUCACUGUGAUAAUUUGAAAUUUAAAAAUUUCGGACCCCUAUUUAAUAAUAGCAAUUAAUUUUCUUUUACAAUUUGAUGCUUUAAAUUUCUUUUAAUCAAAUGUAUUUUUGUAAUGCUUUUUCGGUUAAAUUUAGAGAACAUGUUUUAAUUUCAAGUAAUAAGCGUCUUUUAUCCGCUUUAUCCAGCAUUAAAAAGCCUUCAAUAACCAUUACUCAAAAUUUAAAUAAGAGUACAACAAUGCAUACCUCUGUUUAUGUUUUAAUGAGAUAUAAUUUCUUUAGACAAAGUUUACCUCGAUUAAGCCCGAAAAUAUAUAUUUCUCGAAAUAUAAAUGGUUUUAACAAUCGCACACAGCUUUCGGAACGUUCUCCACAAAAUCCUUUAUAUCCAUAUCAGAGAUACGUACGUUUUAAAAACGCCACACCAUUUUAUCAAAAACAAAUAUUUUGGGUUUAUACUGGUACGGUUGGAGGACUUGGAGGAGUAUAUUAUGUGAGCCAUUUAGAAACGGUACCCGUAACUAAUAGGCGCAGGUUCAUUGAUGUUACUCCCAAACAAGAAGAGAAAUUGGCACAACAAGCAUAUAAUGAGGUUAUGAAGCAAUAUGGUAGAAAAAUUUUACCGCCUUUUGAUCAUCGUACAAAAUUUGUAAAGAAAGUUGCUCGACAAAUCGUAAGUGUAAGUGGAAUGCAAGAUUUAAAUUGGGAAUUUCAUGUUAUUGAAUCUAAAGAAAAAAAUGCUUUCGUACUUCCUGGUGGUAAAGUCUUUGUUUUUACGGGAAUUUUACCUAUUGUCGGGAAUGAAGAUGGAUUGGCUGCGGUGUUAGGUCAUGAGAUUGGUCAUCAGGUUGCGCGUCAUAGCGCCGAGAAACUCUCUUUUGUAAAAAUUUUAAUUUUAGCACAAUUAUUCCUUAGUAUCAUUAUAGAUCCCGGCCUAUUAGGUCGGCUCUUGAUGGAGUUUGGUAUGAUGUUACCUUUUUCACGAAAAUGUGAAAUAGAAGCUGAUUAUAUUGGGCUUAUAUUAAUGGCUCAAGCUUGUUAUGAUCCUAGGGAAGCAAGAAAAGUAUGGGAGCGAAUGAGUAUUGCUCAAAAGAAUUCACCACCACAAUUUUUGAGUACACAUCCAGCUCAUGAAUCAAGAAUCCGUAAAAUUAAUGAAUGGAUGCCAGAAGCUUUACAGAAAAGGGAACAAAGUGAUUGUGUAAAUGAAUAUACAGGUUUUAUGGAUACUAUGAAUCAUUUUAGAGAUCAAUGGGUUAAGUGGUAAAAAAGUAUAAUGGAAUUUAUUAUAAUAGAAUAUAUGAAUAAAAUAAAUAUGCA